AUGACACUCAACCCAAUCAUCGAAACAGACGUCCUUAUUGUGGGAGCCGGCCCAGCAGGUCUCAUGCUCGCUUGUACGCUUUGCAGGCUUGGAAUAAAAACCAAGAUCAUUGAUGAACGGCCCACAGAGACUUCUCAGGGCAAAGCUGACGGACUCCAGCCUAAAACUCUGGAAACAUUUGACCAAUUGGACCUCUUGAACAAGGUUUCCGAUCUUGGGGUGAAGAUAUAUGAUAUCACCUUUUGGAAACAGAAGGAAAGUGGUGAGUACUACAGGGCACAAAGAGAAGAGCAUUUUCCCAGUGUUGUUGACCUGAGAAGACCAUACAUUCUUUUGACACACCAAGGUGUUGUUGAACGGAUGUUCAUGGAUGACAUACUCUUGAGAAAUCUCAAAGUUGACAGGAACUGCAAAUUUCAAAAAUAUCAAAUCACCGAUGGCCCUGAGAAUUCAGUGUUGUCAUCGCUCAUUGUGGAUGGUGGGGAGAUUACGGUGAAGUCAAAAUACGUUGUCGGAGCUGAUGGUGCGCAUUCACAAGUGCGGAAGUCAAUGCCAAACUCCUGUAUGAUUGGAGAGAGUAGUGAUAGUUGUUGGGGAGUGAUUGACGGCGAGUUGGAUACUAAUUUUCCAGAUAUUUGGAAUAAAGCAGUCAUAAACUCAAACGAAUACGGUUCUGUUCUUGGAAUUCCAAGGGAGAGAAACCUGACCAGACUUUAUAUUGAACUUCAACGGGACCUUCAUAAUGAUCUUACUGAGGAGAAUAAAAAGAUUGUUCAGGAUGCCGCUCGCAAGGUGGUGGCCCCAUUCAAACUGGAAUGGAACACCGUUGAAUGGUUCGGAAUAUACAAGGUUGGGCAAAGAGUGGCCAGCUCUUUCAACGAUCAACUCAAAGUGUUCAUUGUUGGUGAUGCUUCACACACUCAUUCACCCAAAGCAGCUCAAGGCAUGAACGUUUCUAUGCACGAUAGCUGGAAUCUCGGAUGGAAACUGGCCCAUGUUAUCAGGGGUUACAGCAAAGAAGCUAUUCUCGAGACUUAUGAAUUGGAAAGAAAGAAAAUAGCGCAAGACCUCAUUGACUUUGACAAAGAACAUGCAAAAGCUUUCGAUGUUGGUGAUCAAAUUGAGCUAGCAAAGAAUUUUGCUAAGAAUGUUAGGUUUAUAUCUGGACAAGGAGCCGAAUAUAACCUGAAUAUGAUCAACCAAGAGUCAAACGUCAGUUCUGAGACCUUCGCCCCAGGAAAGCUACCAGUACCAUCAAAUGUGAUCAGACUUGUGGAUUCCAAUCCAGUCAAAUUAGAAUCUGAUAUUCCUAUUUUGGGCCAGUUCUCCACUUACUUCAUUGUCAAAAAAUUUGAUGCAGCUGUUGAGUUCCUGGAAGCGUUCAGCGACUCAGCAUUGAAGUCAAGCUCUUACUCAAAAUUUCUAAGCAAGUCUUCCGACAAAGAAAGGAAUGAUUUCACUGAAAAGGACUUGAUAAACAAAAAGAGAUACACGCCAGUCUCUAAAAUCUUGACUGUAUCUCUGGUCACAACAUCAACACUCGACGAGUUUGACUUAUCUGCUCUGCCCUCAUUCUUCAAGCCAUACAGAUGGUCAGUUUAUCAAGAGGCUGAGAAUGGUCCUUCAAAAAAGUGGCUACCUAAAUUAGAGGAUGACAGUACUGCAAUUGUUAUAUUGCGCCCUGAUGGUUACGUUUCGGCUAUAUCUGCGUUUGACAGAACGGUUGCAGGAGCAAAGAAGGCUUCACAAUGGUAUUCCGAGUACUUUUCCAAGUUUUAG